UAAAAAGCUUCACUCUUUUUUCCUUUAAUAAAUUAACACAAAUAAUCCUAGUAUCCAACCAAUAACACAAUUAAUCCUAGUAUCCUACUUUAGCACACAUCAAAUCUUGUUUUCUUUGUUUCGGUACUGUGUUGUUGUGUCUGAAAGGCAAAUAUAUGGUAUACGAUGUCAGGUUCGAAAUUGGUGAAUUAUAUUAUCUUGUGUUCAUUUCUGGCUUUGAAUUUCUUUCUUCAAGAGUUUGGAUCCAAAGCUCAACUCAUACCACAAGAUGAAGUGAAAUCUCUACAAGCAAUAUCGGAUAAACUAAAGAACGUGAAUUGGAAAGUCACAGAACGUUCCUGCAUUGAUGAUGGAGGUUUUAAUAAUGAUUAUAUUGCAGAUGAUGACAUUGUGAGGAAAGUCACAUGCGAUUGCACUUUCCAAAAUAACACCAUUUGCCAUAUUACUAGCAUCAUGCUAAAAGGUCAAAAUAUAGCUGGAGUUAUGCCUAGUGAAUUUGGAAAUCUUACUCAGUUGAAAGUACUUGAUCUCACUCGCAACUAUCUCAAUGGCACAAUUCCAACGAGUUUUCCUAGCAAUUCGCUAGUUGUUUUGUCGCUUUUGGGAAACCGAUUAAGUGGUCCAAUUCCCACAGAAAUUGGUGAUAUUUCUAGCUUGGAGGAACUGGUCUUAGAAAGUAAUCAACUAGGCGGACCGCUUCCUCGUAGUCUCGGAAAUUUGAUCAAGUUGAAGAGACUGCUCCUUUCUUCGAAUAACUUUACUGGGAUAAUACCAGAUUCAUUUAGCAAACUAAACAAUCUCACUGAUUUUAGGAUAGAUGGAAGCAAUUUAUCUGGACAGAUACCUAGUUUUAUCGGGAACUGGACCAAACUUGAGAGAUUGAAUAUGCAGGGUACAUCUAUGGAUGGUCCAAUUCCUCCCACCAUAUCGGAGUUGGAACUUUUGACUGAGUUGAGAAUAAGUGAUUUGAAUGGACCAACCAUGACAUUUCCUAAUCUGAAGGGUUUGAAAAACUUGCAACUACUGGAGUUGAGAAAUUGCUUAAUCACAGGUCCUAUUCCUGAUUACAUUGGUGAAAUGACAGACUUAAUUACUUUAGAUCUAAGCUUCAAUAUGUUGAAUGGUUCAAUCCCAAAUUCAAUUCAAGGAUUGAAAAGGCUAGAUUACAUGUUUCUGACUAAUAAUUCUUUGAAUGGACCGAUUCAAGACUGGAUACUGAACUUCAAAAUUAACAUAGAUUUAUCUGACAACAAUUUUACAAAGUCUUCUGCAACUAGCUGCCAGCAGUUGAAUCUGAACAUGGCUUCGAGCCAUUCGUCUUCAGCGGUCACUUCACCUUCAACGUUUUGUUUGAAGAGGAACCUUCCUUGUACAAGAAAACCCCAGUAUAAUUCAUUGUUCAUAAAUUGUGGAGGACCUCAAGGGGAUUACGAUGGAAAUAACUAUUUCGGCGAUCUGCAGAGAGAUGGAAUUUCAAAUUUUGUUCUUAGAAAUGAAGGACAUUGGGCUUAUAGCAGUACAGGAGUGUAUAUGGGAAAUGUCCAUGCAGAUUAUACUGCAUUAAAUACAUUACCUUUGAAUAUUACUGGCCCAGAAUACUAUGAAACCGCGCGGCUUGCUCCUCUGUCACUUAAAUACUAUGGCCUAUGUAUGCAGAAGGGAAAUUAUAAAGUGAAACUCCAUUUUGCUGAGAUAAUGUUUUCUGCUGACCAGACUUUUCAAAGUCUUGGAAAGCGCAUAUUUGAUGUUUCAAUUCAAGGUUUUAAAUAUUUGAAAGAUUUUAACAUCAUGGAAGAAGCCGGUGGAGUUGGAAAGGGCAUUACUAAGGAAUUUGAUGUCGAAGUGAAUGACACGACCUUGGAAAUUCACUUAUACUGGGCAGGGAAAGGAACCACUGCCAUUCCUGACAGAGGUGUUUAUGGACCUCUUAUAUCUGCUAUCACAAUAACACCUAACUUUAAAAAUCACUCAGAAGGGCUGUCUGCUGGAGUUAUCGUUGGAAUUGUGGCUGCAGCAUGUGUGCUUCUCAUGCUUAUAUUGGUUACCCUUUGGAAGAUGGGUAUCCUUGGUGAAAAAGAUACAAGAGACCAAGAGCUUCUUGAUCUGAAAACAGGUUAUUUCAGCUUAAGACAAAUUAAAGCAGCCACUAAUGACUUUGAUCCUGCAAAUAAGAUUGGUGAAGGGGGAUUUGGGCCAGUAUACAAGGGUGUGUUAUCAAAUGGCGAUGUCAUUGCUAUUAAGCAGCUCUCCUCAAAAUCAAACCAAGGGAAUCGCGAAUUUGUUAACGAAAUCGGAAUGAUAUCUGCUUUGCAGCAUCCAAAUCUUGUUAAGCUCUAUGGCUGUUGCAUUGAAGGAAAGCAGUUGCUGCUGAUAUAUGAAUACAUGGAGAACAAUUGUCUUGGCCGUGCACUUUUUGGUCAUCGACAACAGAAGCUGCACUUGGACUGGCCUACAAGAAUGAAGAUCUGUCUUGGUAUAGCAAAGGGGUUAGCUUAUCUUCAUGAGGAAUCAACAUUGAAAAUAGUACACAGGGAUAUUAAGCCAACUAACGUAUUACUUGACAAGGAUCUUAAUGCCAAGAUCUCUGACUUUGGUUUAGCUAAGCUUAAUGAAGACGGGAAUACCCAUAUCAGUACACGAAUAGCUGGAACAAUUGGCUACAUGGCUCCAGAAUAUGCCAUGCGGGGGUACUUGACUGAUAAAGCAGAUGUAUAUAGCUUUGGAGUUGUAGCUUUAGAGAUUGUUGCCGGAAAAAGCAACACAAAUUUCCAACCAAUGGAGGAGUUUGUAUAUCUUCUUGAUUGGGCCUAUGAUCUCAAAGAUCAAGGAAACCUCCUGGAGUUGGUGGAUCCAAGUCUUGGUUCAAGGUACUCGAAAAAGGAAGCCAUGAGAAUGCUGAACUUAGCAUUGUUAUGCACCAACACAUCUCCCGGUCCUAGACCAUCCAUGUCAUUGGUAGUAAGCAUGCUUGAAGGAAAAACUCCAAUUCAAGCACCAGUAAUCAACCGCGGUGAGAGCGGACAACACGUAAGAUUCAAAGCCUCCGGAUUGCAGUCACAAAACAGCCAACCUCUUGAUUCUUCUACAUUCUCACAUGGAAGCAAAAGACAAGUAUCAGUUCACUCCUCCACAUCUCUUCAAUGUGAAGAUGAUUUUUCAUCAAGCAGUAAAAGUCCUUGAGUUUCACAUCGUGUUUAGAGCAUGCUAAAUUACAAGUUUUUUUAAGGUGGUAGAUAUAGUGUAUAAACUGCAGAUUGACAGCAUAUCAAGAAGAUAAGCAAGAAUAGAAGUUUGGUUCCAUCAGGCUUACAAAUGCAUAGCACAUUUACAUGUAUUUGCUGCUAAAUUGUGUGAUUAAAAGGCAUUUCUCGUGUGUUUUCUUAUCAAGAUUAUAUUGAUUUUUCAGUUUUGAAUCUCCAGCUGGCUUGCAUUUAAGUAUUGAAUAUGAUCGAAAGAUUGAUAACGAAAUACAAGUUUAGUAUGAACAGCUUUCUCAAUGAUUUA